AUGGUCGGUGUGCAGUUUAGCAGGACGGGAUCCCGCGCCUUCGUUUCCACAUGGCGCUGGAGGCCAAGACGUACUCAAUGCAGAGGACUUUCCGAUAUUCGCGAGGAAGGCAAAGUGACGGGACCUCGGUACUACCCUUCUCUAUCGCAAACUCUCCGGAACACCCGCGGACGGGAGCUCCUGCGAAUUGUGGACACCGCCGUGCCAAAUUUGCAGAACGAGCAAGAGUUCCUUGUCAUUCUCAAGGCGUUGGCAUUGGAUGGCCAAUUUCGACGAGCACUUCGCCUGAUGAGGGAGAUGAAGGACCUAAACCUGGAGCUUGACAUUACCAAGUACAACUGGGUCCUAAGUGCCAUGGCAAAAGACAAGCAGGUGGAGCGGGCCCUGGCCAUGUUGGCGGAGAUGAGAGAGAAAUCCGUAAGUCCGGAUCUGCAGAGUUACAACCAUUGCGCAGGCGCCUGCAAGCCGAAGGAGUGGCAGGAGUCUCUCCACAUCCUCAGGACUUUGAUGCCCGCUGCUGGCAUCGAAGCGGAUGCCCAGAGCUUUGAGCAUGUGGCCGCUGCAUGUGAAGAAGCUCACGAGUGGCAGAGGUCCCUGUCUUUGUUCCUUGAAAUCGACAAGCAGGGCCUCUCUGCCAGCUCCGUUGGCCACAACUACGCCUUGUCAGCGUGUCGCCAGGGUAAGCAGUGGCAGCAUGGAUUUGAGAUCAUAGACAUGAUGAAGCAAAAGAGCUUUGAGCCGGACUUCCGCCUGAAGAUGGAUUUGGAAGCCCAGUCUCGUGGCUUGGACCGGGCUCCCCCUCCGGAGCCCAGCAGCCGAUCCAUGCCCUCUCCAGACAAUGUCUGGCAGCGGAAACAGCAGCUGCGUGAGCUGCGUGAGCAGGACAAGCGGAGGCAGGAGGAGCGGCGCCUCGAGGAAGAAAGACAGAAGCGACUUCGUGAUGCGCAUUCGCAGCCCGAAUCUUCGGCGUCAAGGACCGAGACAGAACCGAAGGUGGAGAGCCAACUGUUUCCGCGUCCGAGGGCUGAGGCUCCAAAGCAAGACGCCGGCAGCACACCCAGUACGCAAAAAGUGACAACUGAAGUGCCCAGCAAAAUUCCAAGCAAGACCCAAGGGAACCAAGGGGCACCUGCAUCUCACGCGACACCUUCCGAGCGUGAGAGCCGCCCCUCGCGGGAGGGGCGUGAAGGCCGUGAGAAACGACCUCAGAAAUCUGAGAAGCGUGAGGAGAGAGAGGAGAGGCGAGAUCCGCCAAUCUCGCCACGGCGGGAUCCCAAAAGGCCCAAGUUGCGUUCCCCCGGCUCCUAUGUUCUUCCGGUCUUCGCGCAACAUGAUCGCUCAAAUCAUGCCGAGCGGCAAGCCCUGAUCAAAGUGAUUGCUCGCGUGCAAGAGGCGUCCGGUGCAAAGACGGAUGCUGAAUUUGAGGCAGAGUGUGCUGAAGUCACUGGCACUGUCCGACUGUAUGCCUCUCACACGCCUUGCAUUUCCUGCAUGGCAUGCUUUUGUCAAUUUCAGCGCUUGUUUCCCAAAGUAAAGCUCUGCGUCGACUUCGACGAUUGGCGUGACACGCGCCGCAUGGUUGAGAUGGCCCGCAGGGAAGAGGAGCACAAGAAGCGCGGCACUGCCCCGCCCGACUACGACUGCCGAGGCCUCUCCGACCUCUCCGACGAGGAGGAGUUUCCUGAGGAGGAGGAACAGCUUGCCAGAGCUGACGCCGGCUGA